CAAAAGAGGGCAAGGGGGUUUGGAGACAAAACACUCGGCAGACCUUGCCCAGUGGAAGUGUGAGGAAGGAAGGAAGGACUGAAACUGGACCUUUUCUCCGCUUGGAUUUUUAUUUUCGUUUUCUUCAAAACUUCGCUUCCCCCCUACCCCCCCCCCCCCUUCCACCCUGAAGCCGUUCCUUUCCGAGUGAACUGAACGAGGGUGGAGGAAUAAAGGAAGAAGUGUAAACACCUAAGUGUAUCAGAUAUUGAACCCGAGAAAAGCCUAAACAAGGUGAAAAGAAAUCCAGACGGGGAAGCACCGCAUUCCACAGGUAGAUAAAAAUGGAACCUGUUCUGAACAAGUUCCUCGCAUGAUGAGCAGCAACAGAGCAAGUAAAGCACUGAAGAUUAAGAGAGAAUCGGGUGAGAACACUCCGGUGCUGAUGGACCAAGAGCUGGUGUCAAUGUCUGUGCGGGAGCUGAACCACCACCUGCGGGGCCUCUCCAAGGAUGAGAUCCUGAACCUGAAGCAGAGGCGGCGAACCCUGAAAAACCGCGGCUACGCGGCCAGCUGCCGGGUGAAGCGGGUGACGCAGAAGGAGGAGCUGGAGCGCCAGAAGGCCGAGCUUGAGCAGGAGGUGGAGAAGCUCGCUGCGGAGAACGCUGGCAUGAAGACCGAGCUUGACGCCCUGCGUUCCAAAUAUGAGGCGCUGCAGAGUUUCGCCAGGACGGUGGCCUGUGGGCCUAUCACCCCUACCAAGGUCAACACCACUAGUGUCAUCACCAUCGUGAAAUCGUCCAACUUCUCGCGCUAGCGUUCAGGCCGCCGCCGCCAUCUUCCUUUUUCAGCAGAAGGGCCGCUGUCCUUGGGAUGUGGGGGGUCGGGGGGAGGGGGAAAAUUUCCGUGGCUUGCAAGGUUUAAGGGCCUUCUGCUUCCAGAACGAGUCAAGGUUUACGUGGCGCAAAAACGUUUUAGUUUUCUCGUCUUUUCAGUCAUAUUUCUUUUUAUUCUCUGCAUUCCUACCCACCACCCGCCCCACAACCUUUCCAAACAGACCGUGCUGCCAUUGCAGGAAGUCAGUGGCGGCCACUUUGAUCUGAGGUGGAAGAGCUGCUGGGGACAGGAAUUGGUUGGGGGAAAGGGGGGGGUGGUAGUGAAAGGAGAUGGGAGCCCAGCGCUGAAUAUUAAGAGUGUGCUGACUGGAACGGGCUCCCAAGGUUGUCGAAUAACUUUCAGCACAGGCUGCAAGCUUGCUAGGCCUCUGCCUACCACCUCGGCCCUGUCCCAAGGCCAAAAAACAGAAAUACUCAAACGAACCUACUGAAGCUCCAUUCCUUUUUCUGAGGCGUACAAGACCAGAAUGUGUCGCUCACAAGUCUUAAACAGUUCCUCAGAGUUGGGGGUUGCAUGUGACCAAGAACAAUGCCAGAAUUACACGGCCUUCAGUGAAGAAAAUGGGUCCACUCCCUCAAUGGCGAACGUGGUACUGGCGAUCGCCAUUUACCCCCUCAAUCUGUGCUGCCAUUCAGCCUUUGACAAUGCCUUCCUCCAAAAGGCAAUGGCCUAGUGGUAUUAUCAUCAGACUGUUAAUCCGGAGACCCAGUUAAUGUUCGGCAGUCUGGAGUUCGAAUCCCACCAUGGCAGAUGCUGGAGUUUGAAUUCAGUAAAAAUCUGGAAUUAAGAGUCUCAUGAUGACCAUGAAUUCAUUGCCAAUUUUUUUUUUAAAAGAACCAUCUGGUUCACUAAAGUCUUUUUUUUGGGAAGGAAGCUGCCAUCCUUGCCUAGUCUGGCCUACAUGUGACUCCAGACCCACAGCAAUGUGGUUGACGCUGAGCUGCCCUCAGCAAUUUGGAAUGGGCAAUAUAUGCUGGCCUACAGCAUCCUGUGAAUGAAAGAAAUUUUACAAAACAUCUUUUAAAUAUUUUUAAGGCAGAGUUAGAUUCUUGAUUACUUGGGGGUGGAAGAUUAUUGGGCGGUGUCUGUAUGAAUGUAGAAUUGAGGUUAAAAUCAGAUCUUGUUGAAUGGCAGAGCAGGCCUGAAGGGCCGAAUGGCAGAGCAGGCCUGAAGGGCCGGAUGGCCUACUCUUGUCCAUAAAUUCACAACUGAGCUCAAUCCACACACAGCAGCCUUUCCAUCUUCCCCACUAAUGCCUUUGGUUAACAAAACUCUUGGAUUUAAAAUUGGCAACUGACUUAGUCUCAACAGAAGUGAGGGACCUGUUGAUGUGAACCUUGCUGCUUUUUAAAAAUAAUACAUACUGUUGGUAGCCAAUCUUCAGUGUGCAUGUUCGGGGAUGCCCCUCAGCCUCCUGGGUUACAGUCAUGACAGCACCUUUCGGAACUAGGCCUUGUUUCCAUUUCAGCGCGUCUGGUUUGCGAACCAUUAAUCCCUGAUGAACUGACUCUUUUGAGGGGCAAGCAUGCCUAAAAUAUAACUUCAUGAGCUGAAACCUCACCUGUGCUCAUAACUGUGUGUGUGUGUGUGUGUGUGUGUGUAUAUAUGUGUGUUUUAUGUCAUUUUUUUGAGAAGCAGGCCCAGUUUUGAUUUGACGGAUAGGCUGUUGCCAUGGAGCUGAAUGGAUGAACUGAGGACAGGUAGGCCCCACUGCAGAAGCUGGAUAUUUGUUGUCUUAAUUGUCUCCUCGCACAAAUGCCUCUCCUUUGUCUUAAUUAGUGGACUUAAUUUUAUGGCGCUUUACAUAAAGCAGAGAGAGAAAAAUCUCUCAACUGUGGCUACUGGUAACCAGAAGUGAUGUCACCAGUCCUUCAGAAAGCAAGAACAAAGCCCUUCCAUUUUGUCUUCACCUUGGAUUGCUGGUAACAGAACAGAGCAGGCAAACUAAAUUGACCACAUCUCCUCAGCUCGUUUGUAGUUGUGCUGGAUACUGAGAAGCAGUGAUUGACAAGGUGCCAACAUGCCAAGAAAAUCAAUACAUGGGGAAUUUCCUGGGUGUUUUUUUUUUGGUGUGAGCUACUUUCAAACAAUACCAACUGCUGGCAGGGUAGUGUGAACCCUCAUGUUCCUUGAGGAAAAUGCAAGCCAUCUUGUCAGAAGCAGAAACAAAUCGCCAAAAAACUCAGUCAGUCUGGUAGCAUCUAUGGAGAGGAGAAAGCGGACCUAACAUUUCAGGUCCAGUGAUCCUUCAGAACUUCAGUUCGCUCUGCUUUCUCUCCACCGAUGCUGCUAGGCCUGCUGAGUUUCUCCCAGCCACUUCUGUUUUUGUUUCUAAUUACCAGCAUCUGCAGUUCUUUUGGUUUUAGGAAAGUUCACUUUUUUUGUGCCUUAAAGCCUGCUAUUUUGGUUGUGUUGGGUAUGGGGGGGGGGGGGUGUUGUCAGUAGCUGGAGGUCAAAUUUACAGUCAAGACUAUUUCAAAGGGAGAGUGGGAUGUUUUGUGUCCUGUUGGUGUGAAAAGAAUAGUGAUUGUGAUUACAUACAUGCAAAUUAUGCAAAGGAAGGUGGACACUAAAAUAAGCCGUUGGGUGAAUGUGCUCUGCAGAGGUGUGACAAGCAAAUAAUGCAGGAUUAACAUUGUUAGUGGUUCACCGUAAUCCAAGACUGUUGUUCCCUCCUGUAGUUAUGCUAACUGCAUUUUCUCUUCAUUUAUAUAUCCACACAACAGGACAUAAGGCUCACAGGGUGAUCAGGUUGUAUAAGCUAGAUAUUCUUGGACAAUGUCUAGUUCCUGGCUGAAAUUGGACAGAUUGGAAGAGUUCAAGCUGUCCAGGUGAUGUUUCUUCCUAUUGGAAGAUGGGUAGGCCGCUACAGCCCGGUGACUAAGCAGACCGCCGGGCCCAAAGUUGAACCAGACAGACUGCGGUUUUCAAACAAAUUGCUGUGUGCUGUAUCCCGGCAAAUAUCAUUGUCGUAGGAGGAGGGUUUCUAGUCUGUCAUCAACACUGACGACUGCUUCCUCAAUGGCAAAGAAUUGACCCUUUAGUUUCCAGCUAGUUAACUGUUGCUUCAUAGUCCCCCUUGAUGAGACACUUGAACAUCCAUCCUUCCCAAAGACCACCACAUCAUUGUGCCUCCUUGACCUUGUGGCUUCUCCUGCUGCAGAGAGCAGUUUUUGGCAGUGACUCAGCUUAACCUCCUCCACCCCCCACCCCCCAAUCAACCAACCAACCAACCAACAAUGCCCACCAAGCCCCCACCUCCAGCCCUGACCUGACCAGCCCCAGGAAUUGUCCCCUUGGGCCUGUCGAUGUUGGUUAAUGCUGUUUGUGCUUUAUCUGCUGCAUGUUCUCUCAGUGUCCACGGUGAGACCUGAAGCCAUUAGCCCCCACAAUCACAACAAGGUGAAGGUACUAUGUCUGGGUGGACUACCACAGAACUCAAAACAGCUCUCUGCUCAAAAAUAUUAGAGCCCUCAGUGCUCGAGGGUGUUUCCUCCACUUGAACUGAAGAUCAAAUCUUUGUGAGGUAUGUGUGUGUCGGUACUGGAGAGUGUGUGUGUGUGUGUGUGUGUGUG